AUGGCACCACCAUCAAUCUACGGAGAGCCAAAGAUCAGAUCGGAGAACGGAUCAGUGUUCCUGGAGGUAUGUGCAAAGAAAUCCGGCAUUCUUCAUGAUUAGCCUUGAUUUGGACUAUCUGCCAUUCAACUUACAACCCGAUCGGAUGGCUUCUCUGUUUAAAGUGCGGUUUUUAAAACUUUAAAUGAUUCUAUCUAAGAAUCAGGUGAUCCGAUUAGAGGGAAAGUUUUACUGGAGAUAUUCCAUACCAACACUAUAAACCGUGCAAGGUCAGAGUCUGAUUGGAAAUCGAAAUGUGGAUCAGAAAUGCAUACCCCGGAAGACUUUUUUCUCAGUUUUGUCUUAAUCCCAAACAACCCUUUUCCAGGUGAUCGCUACCGGAGCCGACGUCGCUAAGAUUCAAUGGUUCUUCGGAGCCGAUGAGCUCGAGGAGAACGAAUUCCUCAAGUUCUCGCACAGCGACGAAGGAGGCAACCGCACCAAGUUUGUUGCCGAAAUCAAGGUCAGUUUGACUCCAGCGAGCGGUGCUCGAGCAACUGUUGCUGCAGAUUGCACGCGGCACAUUCUAAAUAAAUCACAUAAAACGAAACGACAGCACUUUCGGGUGCAUCUCCGUUUAAUGGGUACUUAAUAGAGAAGUUAGACAAUGCGUUAAAGAUAAAUAAGAAACUUGCAAAAAUGUUUUCAGGACUUUGACAAACCGCUGGCCGGAGAGUACAAGGCUGUGUUCGCCAACGCCGAUGGAGAGAACAGCGCCGCUUUCACUGUCACCGCUGGAAGUACAAAGAGACUUUUGAAGAGCUACAGUAGUAAUUCUUGUUCUUUAGACGCUCCGGACUUCCACGACAAGCCGCAUAUUGUGCAGAGAGACAAUGGAAACGUGAUUGUGAUCAAGGUCCGAGCCAAGUCGCACCUUGAAAUGAAGGCUGAGUGGUUCAAGGUAAGCACUGAACGGGUUCACCUGUAAAUUAAGACCACCAACACAAUUCUGUGAGCUUUAAAGAACACUUCUAGCUUAACGAUGAAUGAUCAAACGGAGAUGGGACCGGGCAAAUACAUACUGUCCAAAAGAUCACCGCAUCAAAAUCUUUCUAAUUUUGGAGAAAAAGCGAAUUCAAUGCUUGAAACACUUUCAGCAGCAAGUUCAGUAGAUCAAAAUAUUCACACUCUCCAAAAACAAACCCCUCGCCAACAUCACCAAAAUAAGUUUUGGGUUCCAUCACUCUCUGAACUUUUUUCGUCCGUUUCCCCAUUUCCCAAUUCAUCCAACUUAAGGCAAAGGGUCUCGAGAAGAUGGAUAGACUGACUGACGACAAAAAGAAGUUGUCCUAAUUUCCACAUUUAUGUUAGUCAAAGUGAACCUCGCUUUCUCAAGGGGAUACCAAGAGGGAAGGAGGGAAUGGGUAAUGUAAAGAAGUGUGGAAAGCGAAAGCGAGUUGGCUCUUUUUUUAUCUUUUUUGUCUCCCUCUGACUCAAGAGUAGGAGAAAAAAGGAGAAGAAAAAGCUUCUAAGAGUGGAAAGAAGAAGAAUUUUGAGUUGUGAACAGAAAAGAAGAUGGAUGCAAGGGGCGGCAGAAUCUUGUGUAAGAUCUCAAAAAACAUUCUCAAGUCAAAGCUUAGAACAAAAGUGUUGUUCAGGAUGAGAAGCCGGUCAAGUUCACGGACCGCGUCAAGGCCGUUGUGAAGAAGGACGACAAGGACAAGGACGGAUACCAAUUCCUGCUCGAAAUCACCGGACCACAAAAGGACGACGAGGCCAAGUACAAGUGCAUCGUCAAGAACUCCGAGGGACAGAACCAACAAUCGUUGAACCUGGUCUUUGACUAA